GUUCGUCCCUACGGUCUACGAAGUUCCCCGAAUCUCCCCACAUCGCUACAAAUAUGAAUGACGUAUGAGGAAAUGGUUGUUCUACAAUGUUUCUAACCAAUAAAGGAGUAGAACCGUUGGGUUCAAAGUAACAUCAUAUCUUUAAAAUCAGUCAGUCGCGGACACGUCUUCGGGCUGGUUGUGUCUGCUUGUUGAUCGACGUGUAUUUACUUUUUGGGCGGAAAUAUCCAAGAAUGAGCUCUAAAAGCCUCGAAGUGACUUCCUCGGCACACGGGGCAGAGCGGGACAGGCUGGGGAUAAUCGCAGCGCUGAUGGUAGCCGUAGUGGCGGUGCUUGUGAGUUUCGUCACCAUGUUUGUACUGGUGAGGCUGGGGGCUGAACUGACAGAAAUGAAGUCUCAACUGAAGGAUAUCAAAGCGCAGAUGCAGGAGAUGCGACAGUGGGAAGAACACCUGGAUACGCAGGUGAGUCCUCAGGGCCCCGGCAACCUUGAGCAGCAGAAUGGGGCGGGGAGUGGCAAGAGUGCCACCUUUCUGUACGGAGCUGAAGUGCAUCGCCGAGCUAAGAGAUCUGUGUCUAACAUCAGGAAUUUUGCUAACAAGAUUACACUGCCGACGACUCUAGGGGGAUGUUUGGCCGGGAACCAGGGAGAACCCGGAAGGGACGGGAGAGACGGUCCUCCCGGUCCGGCUGGGCCGCCCGGGCCUCCUGGGUCGUGCUGCUGUUCAACACCAACAUCGAACCCGCCUGUAACAACAAGCCACAGUCAGUCUCCUAUAACCAGCACUGGUAAGACAACUAUUGAUGUAUAA